AUGCCAGCCGGGGAAGCAGCCUGGUCAAAAUCUGCUUUUGAGCGUCUGAUCGACAAAGGAUACCAUCAGACCCUUCUUAAUAUCACUUAUAGGUCCUAUAAGGACCUAUAUGAGCCGACCUCAGUGGCCUAUUAUGAGGGCAAGGUUGAUACCUUCCGGAAUCAGCCUAGCAGAGACCUGAAUAUUACCUCAGCGAAUCCGCGGACAGUCCAACUUAAGAUGACAUGGGCUCUGCGGGGGCUCUCCCAUUUUCUCCAUCUUCCCCAUAUUAAAGGGGAUACACGGAAGGAUCCCUCGGGAUCACUAUUCCAUGAGCAAGAAGCCGGACUUGGGGUCUACCUAGCCCAACAGCUUCUCGCCAGACGUAUCGGGAGCAUUUUAAUCAUGGCCCCAUACAGAGCCCAAGUGGCCCGAGUUAACCGGUUUUGGGACCAGAAAGUCCCUGAGGUCAAGCCCCGCCCCAGGACCCAAACUGUCGAUGCGUCUCAAGGUUCGGAGGCCGAGGUCAUAAUUGUGCUGAUUACACGUAAUCAUGGCGCCCCCGGCUUCCUACACUCGACCAAGCGGACCAAUGUGAUGCUGCCUCGGACACGUAAUGCCCAGUAUGUUAUCGGCGACUGGGACUGGCUCGGCAGCGAAAUCAUCAAGAAAGACGCCGCCGCAUUUUUCAAAUACCUGGAUGAGGCCGAACGUCUCGUGGGGAAUGACAAGUAUGCCGUUGACCCGAAAAGGGCUAGAUAA